CAGAGAGAGGAAAGGGAAGUCUUUGAAAGUCUGAGAAGGAAGCAACAACUGACCAACACAGUAGGUGGCACCAAAGAAAACCGCAACUCCAAGGCACCGUCGACACGAACUUCACAAGAACUCCACCGAGAGGAGAGGAGAGGAGAGGAAACGACGACACCUCCUCCGGCGCGGCGAGACGAAUCUACGCGUACCGAGUACCGACGCGGCGACCGCCUCGCUCCGUCCCUAUCCUCGCCGCUCCGGCUGAUUCCGUCGCGGAGCGCGCGCGGCCGGCGAGGAGUCCUGGGAGGGCGACCGACGCAGUCGGCCUCCUUCCAUCUCGGUUCGAAUCGAAUCGAAUUGAAGGUAUUCCUGAUUCCUGCCAGUGAAAAUGAGUGACAAUCUGAUGGACAAGGUUAGCGCCUUUGGCGAGCGUCUGAAGAUCACUGGGUCAGAGGUUAGCAAGAAGAUGACGGCUGGCAUGUCCUCCAUGAGCUUCAAGAUGAAGGAGAUCUUCCAGGGGCAGACUCCCGCGGACAAGAUUGUGGAGGAGGCCACCUCAGAGAAUUUGGACGGGCCUGAUUGGUCGGCAAACCUGGAAAUCUGUGACUUGAUCAACACGGAGAAAGUUAACAGUGUCGAGCUGAUCCGUGGGAUCAAGAAGCGGAUCAUGCUGAAGGAUGCUAGGGUCCAGUACCUCUCCUUGGUUCUUCUUGAGACCAUUGUGAAGAACUGUGAGAAGGCCUUCUCGGAGGUUGCUGCUGAGAGGGUUCUUGAUGAGAUGGUCAGGUUGAUUGAUGAUCCUCAGACAGUGGUAAAUAACAGGAACAAAGCCCUUAUGCUUAUUGAGGCAUGGGGAGAGUCUGGUGAUGAGCUUCGGUACUUGCCUGUCUAUGAGGAAACCUACAAGAGCCUGAAAUCAAGAGGAGUGCGGUUCCCUGGGCGUGACAAUGAGAGCUUGGCCCCCAUAUUUACUCCUGCGCGUUCAGUAGCUGAAGCUGAAGUUGAUGCAAACUUUUCCCAGCAGACCUUCGAAGAUGUGCAAGUGCAUACAUAUACUGCUGAAGAAACGAAGGAAGCUUUUGAUGUGGCUCGUAACAGCAUAGAACUUCUUUCAACUGUUCUUUCAUCCUCUCCUCAGCAGGAUGCUUUGCAGGAUGACUUGACAUCCACUCUUGUGCAACAAUGCUACCAAUCUCAGCACACUAUCCAGAGAAUGAUUGAGACUGCUGGAGACAAUGAGGCCAUGCUUUUUGAGGCCUUGAGUGUGAAUGAUGAGAUCCAAAAGGUGCUGUCCAAAUAUGAACAGAUGAAGAAACCCGCAGCGUCUGAGAACGCAGAACAACGGCCGGUAGUCAUACCAAUUGCCACAGAACAUGAAGAUUCUGCUACGGUCGGCAAUGAAGAUGCCCUGGUCAGAAAACCAGCUGGUUCUCGAGCAAGGUCAGGUGGAGAUGAUGAUAUCCUUGAUGAUCUCGAUGAGAUGAUAUUUGGCAAGAAGGGAGGAAGCAGUUCCCAAGAAGGGCCCAAAAAGCAGGAUCCGAAGAAAGAUGACCUAAUCAGCUUUUAAAUACCGUUCUGGCCAGUUCCUCGUGGAAUCAGAAGAUGUUUGCUGUUUCAUAGUGCCGAACGAUAUCUGUAUUCAUCCCCGUAGAAGAUUUCACAUUCGCCAGGAUUUGGAUCGCUUGUUUAUUUGCAUACGAUCUAUCAUACUUGUCUGUCACAGUUUGUUCGGUUGAUUUAAGUUGCUUCACCCUUCACAUCCUCUGGUUGCAUGAUUGCAUCUGCAUUGGAUGGCUAAUUAUCUCUUGAUGGAAAAACACGUCCAGUAUAAUGAAUGAGCCUCAGCUCCUAUUCAUUGCUCUU